AUGGCGGCUGCGGAAGCCUCCGAGCCCACGGAGUCGGUCCCGGAGAGGGACGGCGACGAGGCCGACGAAGAGGACAAUGCCGAAGUCAGUGAAGAGGCAGAGGACCAGGAGCAGGGAGCCGGCUCCCGAAAAGCCCUGAAACGCAAGCUGAAGCAAGAGCAGAAAGCUGAGUGGAAGGCGGCUCAGAAGGCAAAGAGGAAGCAGAAGCAGCAGGAGAAGCGGCAGAAGCCGGGCGGCCGGCGGAAGGGCCCACCUCUGAGCCUCAGCCCCGGCACAAAGCCCGGAUCUGCCGAGGAGGUGAAGGAGGCGCGCGCUGCAAGGAAGGCUGCUGAGCUGGAUGACUUCCGGGUGCGGGCGCAGAAAGGUACCACCGUGGUGAUCGACCUGGAAUGGGAAGACUCCAUGCAGCCGAAGGAGCUCAAGAGCCUGAUCCAGCAGGUCUUGUACUGCUACGGGGCGAACAGGCGAGCUUCCCACCCAGUUCAGCUGGUCUUCUCAGGUGUCGCGGAGGGCAGCAAGACGCAUGCCGGGCUCAGCAAGCAGUCCGGUUAUGACAGCUGGGAGGUGCAGAAGCUCUCCGGGGAGUACGUGGAGACCUUUCCCAAGGACAAGCUCGUCUACCUCACCGCGGAUGCCCCAAAGGUGCUCCGGCGCUUCGAUCCCGAGAAGGUCUACGUCAUCGGGGGCAUCGUGGACCGGAACCGGCUAAAGGGCCGGACGUUUGACAAGGCCCAGAGCCAGGGCAUCGCCUCGGAGCAGCUUCCGCUUUCGGAGCACAUUGAGAUGGGAUCCUACAGCCGGGUUCUCACAGUGAACCAUGUACUCAACAUGAUCCUCGAUUUCCAAGCAACAGGAGACUGGCGAGGCGUUUGCGAGCGCUGCGUCCCAGGAGAGGUGGCGGAUGUCGAAGACGUGCCGACCAGGGCUGAGCGCUGCACUCGGCCGUCCCUGACUCUGGCUUCAAGAAAGUGCGCUUUGCAGCAGAAGAGGCUGUACAUUGGUGGGGGGCUUGCGCGGAUGGUGAUGCAGCUCGACUCGGCGGGCGUGAUGGCAGGCAAAGAUGACAAAGCGGACGCCAACGAGCUUGAGACGUGGAAGACGGCCUUUGCACGGGCGAGACUGGAGGCUUGCACUCUUCUCCUGCCUGAGUGGCGGGGCACUGUUGAGGUGCCUGCACACCAGUCGAUUCUGCGGGGCUUCCACACAACGCCGUGUGCGGACUUCCAGAAGGGCUACUGCGCGCUCCAUCGGGUGCGUGGGAAGACAUCCCUGUGUUUCUGCUUCCAUUUCGACUCUCAGCGCCGGCGUGCUCCUGUCGACGAGUCUGGUCGGCUGAGGUACUGGGACGUCGCGUGCCACAGCAUGACUACGGGAUCCCCGUGUCUCGAUGGCGAGGACUGUGUCUUCGCGCACAGCCGUGACGAGAUCUCAUACCAUCCUGCGAAGUACAAGACGAGGAGGUGCAAUGGAAAGGGCUGCCGGGGACAGGAGAUCUGCUGCUUCGCGCAUGGCGAGGAGCUGAGGGGGUGGGCCCCGGACCUCUACUCCUACUGGCUCUUGGUCUAUGGAGGCCGCCGCGGGGUCACCGGUGCUGGUGAUGACCUGAGGGUGCAGCCCGUCGGGGCACGUCGCAAGGUGCGCUUUUGCGCCUCCUACCCGGACGUCUCCCAGUGUCGUCGGGGUGCCGCUUGCGAGUUCGCCCAUUCCAGGGAGGAGGCCGCGAUAGAGCUUCUGACGGAAGCGCAAGAGCAGCAGGUUCCUGAAGCACUGACCGAAGACUUCUUCAUGUACCAGUACAAGACACUCUGGUGCCCCAUCGGGGUGCAGCAUGACUGGCAGACCUGCGUCUAUGCCCACAACUACCAGGAUGCUCGGCGCAAAGUCUCCAUUGGCUACGGGCCGCAGCCGUGCCCGCACUGGGCAAAGAAGGAUCCCAGCUUGCCGUACAACGAGCGCUGCCCCAAGGGCUUGCGCUGUCCUUACGCGCACGGCGCCAAAGAGCAGCUCUACCAUCCUCGCUACUUCAGAACCGUGGUCUGCCGCGACGUGCGCUCCAAGGCCUGUCCCCGAGCGCACCUGUGCGCCUUCUUCCACCGACGGGCAGAGCGCCGACGGCUGGCCAACGAUGAUGAUACGGACUACAGCAGACCUUUGGCUGAGGAGGCUUUGCCGGCAGAGUGGAAGUCGGAAUUCCUGCGGCCGCCCUUCAGUGAUGCGCCCUCAGAGGCCCCGUUGCCUCCAGGAGGCCUGAUGCCAGGUGGCAACUUUGACUCGAACCCGUGGUCGCAAGAGGCGCAGGGAGGUUGGACUUCAGGGGAUCCCGAAAACGCUGUGUCUGACUUUGUGGCUUUCUUUAUGGGAUUCAUAGGCCACUUAAAGGCCUCUGGCAUAUUGGCAGACGUCGGCAUGCAGCCCAUGCACCCUGCGCAGGACCUGGCACAAGCUUUCCGCUUCUCGAAGGACACGCCCAGGUUUCAUGGCCUAGGUGAUGCUGUCGAUGGGUCGAACAUAUGCAGGACCAGUUUUGUAGAUGGAGAGGGCAUCAUGUCUGCGGAUGCCAGCACGUCACUGGCAACGGAGGUCGGCGGCAUGCCUCUUCGAUUCCUUUGCAUGGUAGGAUGUGGCGCCGCGGAGCGCUCCGCGCGUGGCGCAUCGAAGCUCGAUGCCCUUCCCGCUCGAGGCUCCGCGGCGGCCGGGGCCUUGGUUUCUUACGGGAGGUCUGUGGAGAUGGCCGUGAUUGGUGAUACCGGUGAUACCUCAGGGGGUACCACGCGCACCUCCUCAGCUCCCGACUGGCGAGCGCAGAAGAGGCAUACCUGGUCCGGCUAUGGGAUCAUAAGCCUCAUCUCAGGUAGCAGCAAGUUCUUCAGCGCACAGGCAGAGGCAGAGGAGGACCCCCUGGAAGAGCUUCCUGUCGCCGUCAACGAGGCAGUGGCCAUGGGCAAAGCCGGCAAGAAGAAGUCGGACAAAAAGGGUUUCCUGGAUGGCCAGAUCGGCAACGUCUUCUUUCUGACAAUUGCUGCUGCCAUUGGCUAUUGCCGCUACCAUCAGAUCCCGAUCCCCGUCCUGGACGACCUCGUCCGCAAGGCCCUCUACGGCGGUGCCGGAGGCGGCUCCGGCGGUGCGGACGAGGUCCUCACCUCCUUCGCGGAUGCCAAGGACGGCAAGGCCAUCGCGACGACCGACCUCCUGGGCCAGAUCCAGCGCUUCUGCGGCUCCCGCGGCAAGUGCACGGACGACUACUGGGAGGCCAUCCCGAAGGUGGCCGAGGCCUUGAAGAAGGGGCCCGGUACCUGGGACCGAAAGCCGAUGAAGAAGGCCAAGGCCAAUGAGCUGGAUGGUCUCCUGGUGAAGCUGGCAGAGCGGCCGCAAGCCAGGACCGACGCAGUUUGGGCAGCUCUACGGACCAUGUCGAAGGAACUCUUGGACGUGACGCCGAAAUCGAUGAAAGAGUCCUUAGCGUCGCGUGUCGCGCUCAAAAGCGCCAAGCCACCCGACGGGGCGGUCAAGGAGGAGCCGGAGCCCGAGAAGGAGGAAGUUGUCGUGGACGACUUGCCCUGA